CAUAACGAAUCAGGCAACAGUAGGGAAACCUAAAGGGAGAAAUAACAACUAGCUACUUUAUAUACACGCUUCCAAACAACACCGAGCUUUAUUUGUGUUAGGUAGACAUUGGUGUGUUGAGUUAUAGAGUAACAUGUUGAAUUAGAGAGAGAUUUGUGGAGUGACAAGGAGGAGAAAGUACCUUUAACUACACCAGGCUGCGUUUCUGGUUUCACCACACAACACCAGGCGCAUCACUUUCCCUCGCCCCCUCUUGUCUGUUCUGUGUGGUCAUGACGCGGUCCCACUUCGCCACAAGUGCCCUUAUCCUACUGGUCGUCCUGUUUGGACUCACCCUAACCCUCCCACUCACUGCCUCCGUGGCGACCGAGACACACAGCCCCAGCGACAGCCAUGCUCCUCCCCCUCUUGGGCUUAGGCUACCCGAGGGAGAGAAUGAAGCGAGGAAGGGCGGACUUCCACAGAGAGAGAGGGCAGAGGAGGAGGAGGAAGAGGAGGAUGAGCUUUUUGGAGACAUGGACCCCAAAACGUUAGCAGCCGUUCUGCUGGAGGCGAUGAAUAAGCCGUACGGGGAGAGGAGGAACGGCGGUGUGGAGGAUAGGAGGAAGGAAAAGGAGAGAGGAGAGGAGGAAAAUGAGGGAGAGAGGCAGGAGGAGGAGAAGGAGAAGGGAGAGGAGGUGAGAGCUGUAUUGGAUGAGGGAGCAGACCGAAACAGGGACGGUCGCGAGGAGCUUGAGCUGGUUAUGGCGGCCGCUGCGGCGCAGGGCAAGGAGGAACGAGAGAGGGAUGAGGAGGAGGAGAGGAAGAGAGUGCAGGAGGAGGAGGAAAGACUAACAGAAAAAGUGACUAGCCGCACCACCAGCCAGACAAUUCCUGUAAAGGAGGAACAACCUCCGGCAGAAGGAGAAAGAGGGGAGGAGGUGGGAGUGCAGGAAGUGGGGGCUAGAGAGGAUGCGCAGCAGGGACCUCCCACCUCACAGGAGACCCAGCAAGAGGAGCAGCUAAGUCCAGAGGAAGUGCAGAACCUCCAGAGCAUGUUGGAGGAACUACAGAACUACAACACAGCUAACAAGAGAGAGAGGGAGUCCCAGGCCCAGGAGCAGAGAGGGAGGGAGAGCAGGGGCUACAGCCAAGAUGACACAGACCAAGCCCUGAUCCACAACCAGAUAAAACCCAAAGCUAAAGGAUACCCCCGAGCCAUGUCGAAGAAGCUCAAAUGGCAAGAGGAGAUGCAGAAAGCCCUGAACAUGCCCACUUAUAGAGGAGGCAACUUCAUGGACGACUUUGACAAUAAUCUGGCUCGCCCGGCGGCUGAGGAGGAGGAUGAUGAUGAUGAUGAUGAGGAAAUGCUGAGCCCCGAGGAGGAAGAGAGGAGGGCUAAGGAGGAGCAGGAGGAGGUCAGGAGGCAGGCGGCCGAGGCGCAGAGGGCCAAAGCCGAGGAGGAGAAGUUGGCAGACAUCGCCUCGGACAUGCUCCUGCAGUACAUGGUCAAACAGGACAAAGGAAAGUACCAGAACAAGAAGACCCUGCUGUCCAACGCAGCAGAGGACAAGCGCUCUGACGAGGAGGUCAGCGAGGAUGAUGAUAUUGAUGCUCAGACCAUCGAUAAGCUCAUCGAGAUGUCCAGUAAGCUCCACCUCCCCGCGGACGAUGUCGUUGACAUCAUCAGCGACGUCGAGAAGAAGAAGAAGAAAGACGCUCCCGAGACAUUACCCUGGCAACGACCCCUGCAAAGACCCCUGGUUUACCCGGCAGCCAAAGCCAUUGAUGCCCAGCCUUCACCCCCCCGCUACCCCACCCUGAAGCAGCCUCUCCCAGCCAUCAACCCCCUCAAGGCCUGGUUCAAGGACAAAUCCUCCAUCAAACCCUCAAACCAAGACCAAAACCUCUGGAUCAAACCUCAACAGAAGUCCUUUAGGACUUCCUCCAACUACCCUACCUAUCCCUUCUACCAACAGAAGCCCUAUCGAGGCUACUACCCAAUUUACUUCCCCCCUCCCAAGCCCAAGCCCCGCUACUACGCCAAGCCAUCCUUCACGCUCAACGACCUCUUGUCGAAUUCUCUGGACUACGACUUUGACUUCCCCCCCAAGAGGAGGUACCGUCCCUGGGUACAGCCACGCCCGAGGAAGCCCCCUGCGGCACUCCGGCGGAACCUCUACUACCCAAAUUACUCCAACUACCCCAACUACCUCCUCCCCCCACACCCCAGGACAUACAACCCCCUACCCGUCCCCAUGCCUAAACCUCGCUCGUCCCCAUCCAGGGGUCAGGUUCAGCCUCGCCAUCGGCAUGGUUACUAUUACCAAGCACCCUCAGCUCCUUUGGUGACCCGGGACCAAGAUUACUAUGGGAUGCAGGGGAUAGGGAUGGGGCCGCAGCAGCAAGAUAGCGACGAAGACCUGGAGAACUACAUUCAACAGGUCUUUAUGAAACCCAGGCCUAGGAUGUUUCAGUAAAAGGAGAGGAAAGAGAGAGAGGGGGCGGGAAGGAGGGAGGGAGGGGAAAAAGGGAGGAAGAGGGAACAAUGGAAGAAGAAAAAAAUUCACAGCUUACUUUUGAUUUCGUUUUUUCGGGUUUUGUCUUUGUCUGUCUCUUUAAAAUGUACAGUUCGAUUUUUGUCAAGGAAAGAGCAACACAAAAAUGACAUUUAGCUUUUUUUGAAUAGAGUAAAAACAAACUUGCAGAUAGAAAAGAGAGGGAGGUCAGGAGGACACACAUCCAUGCAUUCCUCCUGCCCUUUGGAAGAUGAAACUGAAGCUGUUGUCCAAAAUGACUGAAAGAGGGGCACAAAACCAACCACAUACAGAACUAUAGACUCAUCACAUCAUCCUGGAUUUCUGGAAAAUAUGAGGGAGCAUCGGCAUCAUUCAGAAGACAUUAAACAUAGAGGGGGAAUCGCAAAUGGCACCCUAUUCCCUAUGUAGUGCGAUACUUUUGACCAGGGUCCAUAGGGCUCUGGUCCAAAGU